AUGGCCAGGACGAGGGCGAGGAAGAAAGUUGUACGCAGAAGAGAAGAAUCAUCAUCAGAGACAAGUAUUUUGGUGAACAAUAUUAGGAUAAGUGUCAAUUUUGGAGCAUGCCAACGGAACCAUGCUGUCAAGCCUGGUGAAUACGUUUUUGAUGGGUGUCAGGAAUUUAUGGCAAGUCGGGCAGAGGGAGCUGAUAGUGCAAUGACCUGUGAUGCGUGCGGUUGUCACCGUAACUUCCAUAGGGUUGAAGUGGAAAUUGAUAUUAUAUAA